UAGUAUAUUUUCGUUCAGCUCUUUCUAGCGAGACUUGGCGGCUUCGCCAUUGUCCUCUUUCUAUAUAUGUUUAUUUUUUUAAUUACUGAUUCGGCUAUCAUGAUUCAAUUAUUUAAUCUCAGUUCAAUUGGAAUCUUCUGUGCAAUCUCUUUUGCAUUUGAGCUGGAGGGGUCAAAGAGGAAGAAAUUGAGUCGAAUAAGAUCAGUGGUUUAAUUUCUCUGUUUAUCAUUGGAAAGUGAUAAUGAUCUCUAUUCAGAAAUUGAAGUGCUCAUGGCAUCUGACAGCUACAAUUAUUUCUGUAGUAGCAUUGGUUUCUAUUGUGCAUCUAUUUUUGUUUCCUUUGGCGCCUUCCUUUGAUUACUUUGGCGUCCGACAAGUUCAGAAUUCUUGUGCUUCUAAUAAUGGAUCAGAUGAAGGAAGGAAUAACCAUGUUUGGGAAAAUUUACAACCCAGUGUUGCUUUAGAUCAAAGGUUUCCAAUCGACUCACAUAGGGCAGUGGUUUAUCGUAAUACACCAUGGAAGGCUGAGAUUGGGCAGUGGCUUUCUGGUUGUGAUGCAAUUACUAAAGAAGUCAGUGUUGCGGAGAUAAUUGGUGGCAGGAGCUGCAAAAACAAUUGCAGUGGUCAGGGUGUUUGUAACCAUGAAUUGGGGCAGUGCCGCUGCUUCCAUGGAUUUACUGGAGAAGGAUGCUCUGAGAGACGGAACUUUGAAUGUAAUCACCCGAAAACACCAGAAAUGCCAUAUGGACGGUGGGUUGUCUCCAUUUGCUCUGGCUUUUGUGACACAACCAGGGCAAUGUGCUUCUGUGGAGAAGGCACAAAAUAUCCUAAUCGUCCUCUUGCGGAGGCAUGUGGAUUUCAAGUGAAUGAACCUUCUGAACCUGGUGCUCCCAGAUUGACUGACUGGGCAAAAGCUGAUCUGGACAAUGUUUUUACGACAAAUGGAAGCAAGACAGGAUGGUGCAAUGUGGUUCCUGAGGAAGCCUAUGCUUCUAAGAUGAAAUUCAAAGAAGACUGUGACUGCAAAUAUGAUGGUCUUAUUGGGCAGUUCUGUGAAAUGCCUGUGCAAUCUGUUUGUAUUAAUCAAUGUUCUGGGCAUGGGCAUUGCCGUGGUGGAUUUUGUCAGUGUGACAAUGGGUGGUAUGGAACAGACUGCAGUAUCCCGUCUGUUGUAUCAUCAGUACCAGACUGGCCUCGAUGGCUUAGACCUGCUCAGUUUGAUGUUCCUGAUAAUGCACACCUCACUCAGAAAGUCAGUCUCAAUGCUGUGGUCAAGAAGAAAAGGCCCCUUAUAUAUGUUUAUGAUUUACCACCUGAGUUCAACAGCCUACUGCUUGAGGGGCGACACUUUAGGUUUGAAUGUGUAAACAGAAUUUAUGUCGAAGGGAAUGCAACACUCUGGACUGAUCAGUUAUAUGGUGCACAGAUGGCACUUUAUGAAAGUAUUUUAGCUAGCCCAUAUCGGACAUUAAAUGGUGAGGAAGCCGACUUUUUCUUUGUUCCUGUUCUCGAUUCAUGCAUCAUAACACGUGCAGAUGAUGCGCCCCACCUGAGUUUGCAGGAACAUAUGGGCUUGAGGAGUUCGCUAACUCUGGAAUAUUAUAGGAAGGCAUACUAUCACAUCGCUGAGCAUUAUCCAUAUUGGAAUCGCUCAUCGGGAAGGGACCAUAUUUGGUUUUUUUCAUGGGAUGAAGGUGCUUGCUAUGCCCCUAAAGAGAUAUGGAAUAGCAUGAUGUUGGUUCACUGGGGUAACACAAAUUCAAAGCAUAACCAUUCUACGACAGCCUAUUGGGCUGAUAACUGGGAUAAGAUUCCUUCUGAUAAAAGGGGCGUGCAUCCAUGCUUUGAUCCUGAAAAAGAUCUUGUGCUUCCUGCUUGGAAGCACCCUGACGUUGGUGCUUUGAGCACCAAACUGUGGGCUAGAUUCAUGCAAGUAAAGUUAACUACUGAACCAUUUGUUUUAAGGCCCCUGGACAAGCGGAAGACAUUGUUUUACUUCAACGGAAACCUUGGACCAGCUUACCCAAAUGGAAGACCAGAAGCUUCGUAUAGCAUGGGAAUCAGACAGAAACUAGCAGAAGAGUUUGGAUCAAGCCCUGACAAGGAUGGAAAGCUUGGGAAACAACAUGCAGAAGAUGUAAUUGUGACCCCAUUGCGCUCUGGAAACUACGAGGAGGAUUUGGCGAGUUCUGUUUUCUGUGGAGUACUGCCAGGAGAUGGUUGGAGUGGACGUAUGGAAGAUAGUAUUUUGCAAGGGUGCAUUCCCGUGGUCAUUCAGGAUGGGAUUUUCCUGCCAUAUGAGAAUGUACUCAAUUAUGAGAGCUUCGCCAUUAGAAUUCGUGAAGAUGAAAUUCCAAAUUUGAUAAAGAUUCUUCGGGGAUUCAAUGAGACAGAAAAGGAAUUCAAGUUGGAAAAUGUAAAGAAAAUAUGGCAGAGAUUCUUGUAUCGUGAUGCUGUGUUGCUUGAAGCUGAGAGACAAAGAACUGCUUAUGGUCGUGUGGAGGAUUGGGCAGCUCAAUUCUUUCAGUUGAUUGAAGAUGAUGUUUUCACCACAUUUGUACAGGUUCUCCACUACAAGAUGCACAACGACCCAUGGAGGAGGCAACUCGGUCAUCCAAAGAAGGAUUUCGGGUUGCCACAAGAAUGUUUAAGAACUAACUAAAGAGCUACCUAGUAAGCGAAGCUGAACAGAUAGCUGGAACUGUGAGGUGAAAAGAUGCAAAAGUGCAUGAGCUUCUGAACUUUUUGGAGAACCAUACUAAACAGUGGGACAUUAGCCGCAGAGCCAAAAUUUUACAAUCGGCAGGCAAAGAUCUUAUAUCUUCACCUCCAUGGAAAAAAAAAAAAAAAUUCUAAUACAUGCCUCACGUACAUUUGAUUCAUAUUUUCAUAUAAGUUUUGUGUCCACAAAAGUAUGCAAUUGAAAAAACAAGGGAGAACGCAAAUUUCUUGUACUGUAGGUUUUUUGUUGCACGUUGCUUAAUUUUUUUGAAAAUGGGAGGAUGAAUUUCUGCAAGCAUUCAGUGCUGAUUGUAUAUCCUAGUAGGUUCUGUGAUCUUUCCUUCUCUUCGGUUAUUGCUGGAUUCGAAUUUCUGCAGACUGUGAAACAACCUACAGGAAUGUAGAUUAGGGAGUAGAAUGCUCUGAAAGAACCAAACGUUAAUGAGGAGGAUUAUUGAUUUUAUUUUUCAGGUUAA